AGAUUGAAAUUGUUGCUGUUUGCAUGUUUCAGAUAUGGAGGAACGUUGCAAAACAUUUCUGUGAAGCUUCCCAUCACACUGAACAAAUUUUUCCAGCCUACAGAAAUGGCCGCUCAAGACUUCUUCCAGAGGUGGAAGCAGCUAAGCAGCCCUCAACAGGAAGUGCAGAACAUCUUUAAAGCAAACCAUCCAAUGGAUACCGAAAUUACAAAGGCAAAGAUUAUUGGCUUUGGCACAGCGUUACUGGAAGAAGUAGAUCCCAAUCCUGCUAACUUUGUCGGAGCCGGCAUAAUCCACACAAAAUCAUUCCAGAUUGGAUGUUUGAUGCGUCUUGAACCCAACCUGCAGGCACAGAUGUACAGAUUAACACUACGGACAAGUAAAGAAACGGUGUCCCGAAGGUUAUGUGAAUUACUUUCGGAACAGUUCUGAGCCAUAAUGUGCAACCCCUUCUGAUUCUCCAUUUCUGCCAUUGUCCAUGUCCUGCUCCAAAAAUGUUUUGUACACCAGUGUCUGCAAAAAUAAUUGCCACCCCAUUCACAUCCCUGCCUUAAAGGACCUGUCCCUUUUUAUGUGAAACAAAUGAUAUGUGCAACAUAAAAUUACUUAAAUGUGAAAAAAAAUAAAAUGACUCUUAGAUUUUUGGUGCAAAGAAGCUGGGAGGUCUUGUAUGUGUGUGGGAGGUCUUGUGUGUCUCAACUCAACUGUGCUUCAUAUAUUUUUGGCAGGAGUUGUUUUAUUAAAAAUCACUUCAGGUAUGGUUAAUCCCAACUAAAUGAAACAGUUUCGCUGGAAAUGCCACUGUAAAUUGCUAGAGGCAUGCUAGAAGAAGGAAAAAAAGGUAUGAAAGAGAAGUUGGUGUGCAGAGAGGGCUAGAUUCCAUUCCUGCUCUAUUGAAUGUUACCCCAUGUCCUUUUUAAAGGAUCUAGAUACAUCUGAAGAUGGCUAUAAGUAUUUGCUCUGUAAAGAACAUUUGGAGGCAUAAGCACAUAUUCUGAUUCAUAUUUUAAUAUCCUCAAAUGACUUCCUUUAAAUCCCAGGCCUCCACUUUUCUCCAAGUUCUGAACUACCAAAGAGUUAUCGUCAUGAUAAAUGCUUAAGUAAGAAAACCACAUUGGGUUCUUGGGUACAACAUGUUGUUGUUGUUUUUUCCAAAGCUCUGGUUGAUCAUCUAAACAUCAGUACACUUUGACUUUAAAUUAAGAAAUCACUUGAAGUAUUCUUUUACCUAAGACUUUCCAAGCAACCCAAGGCAUUGGUAUUCCUGCCCCCCCCCGCACUUUCCAGUUUAACAAAAAAAGAAGAAAAGUAUUUUUUCCCCAUUUAACAUCUUCUGAAUCAUAGGGAUAGCCACUAGCUCUAAUCAGGGAGAGUUUAGCCUAUUCAGAUUUGAAAUACACUGUGGGUUUCUGCAAGUAUGAUGGGCAGGAAGCUUAUUGCUUUGAAAUGCUUGUCAUGUCACCAGAACACUUUUGGUCUAGAACUUGACAGUCCUGUUUUCAAAAAGUGUAGUAAUGGCACCUGUAGUUUGGUAAGAUCUAUGCAUUUGUGGAGCAUGCUGUGGAACUGGCAUCUUCUUUGACAGAAGUAGAAUGAUCGAUAAACUGACUACCGUUACACACCUCUGAAGAGCUCCUUAAGAAGUAAUUUAUGACUACAAUUAUAUACGAAGGCAAUGCAAAAAUUAAAAAAGUAAAAUAAGCUACAAUGUUGUUUGAUUACAAGUGACAGUUGCUGCUUGAGUUAUGAGGCGUUUUAACAAACAACAACGUGGCUUAUUCUGUCCCAGUGUCUGGAAUUAACUUAUAAAAACUGAAAAUCCACUUUCCUUUUUAAUGUGGCUAUUGGAUCAGAAUCAUAUUGACCAACUUCUCCAAUCAAAUUUGAUGAGUUAUAUUGAAGCACAUUGUAUGGAACUACCUGGUGUGUAACCUGGUAAAAUAAUAAAACAAUAACUCUUACAUUCUCCUAUCACUGGGGAAAUUUUUAGGAGUUGUCAUUAUGACAGGCCCAUUGCAUUACUGUGAUUACACUACUGUAAAUGGUAUUAAGCAUUCAGAGGUGUUCUGAAGUGUGUCUUAUCGCAGAUGCUGGGAAGAACGGCCAUCUCAUUUUUAACAUAGAUCCGUCCCACUGGAAGCAUAGUUUGUCUCCUUUUUAAUUCCACCUUAAUACACUGUUUUUGUGCACUGUUCACUUGUAUAAUUUUUGCAAAUAAAUGUGGUUUUAUCCACAAAGGGUGAUAUUUAACUAAAUUAUACUCAGGGUAGGCCAUGUGAAAUUAAUGGACUUCUUAGAUAAGUCCAUUGACUUCAGUGGAUUUUCUCAGAGUAUGACUAACAUUGGAUAUCAUUCAUAGAGAAAAAGGACUCUAAAUAUAGGUGGCUCAAUGACCAACUGUAUAUAUGAGUAAUCAAACUUUAUGCAAGAUUUCACCUCUGAUAUGAGCCAUAUAGGCAUUGUUUUGAAGAAAACUUUUUUUUAAAAAAGUUUCUCUUUAUUGGGAUAAAUGACCUUGAUUUACCAAAGUUGUGUGUCCUCCUCCAUCUCAAGCAGAAGUUAACAGUUUCUGUGGCUAAAGCAGUAUUAGUAAUUAAGGUACAGUAUUUGUUUUGUUGACAUGUGAAAAUACCUGAACAGGAAGACAAAAUAUUGUGCACUUUUAGGCCUACACUCCAAUAUGUAAUGUGUAGUCAUCUCACUUGUAAAAAAAAAUAAAAAUCACAAGCUUAUA